AGCACUAUAGACUGCCAUUGCACUCGUCGCAGUGGUGAUACGGUAUUCGACUCGAAAUGACGGAUCCCGCGAUCGACGGUUGCAAGAACGGCGAUUCGGUAUAAAUAUGCAACUACGGCGGUAGUUAACAUUUAAAGAAAAAUGAUUUUUACGCGCGUUCAAAGCGGAAUGUCGGAAAAUUGUUGAAUAUUGAUACCGAGUGCCGGGACCGUCGGCCAUUCAAUUAUACGAAGUAUUUUUACACGGUGCUGUUGCUGUGUAUAUAGACUUCAACGAGCCGAGACACGAGUAAUCCUUAGAAAUAUGACGACAAUGGGCCCUGCAGCGUUAGUCAUGUACAACGUGUCCGACAAUGCGGAGUAUUACGGGGAUCUGACUACGAUGGUCCAGCGGAAUGCUGCAGCAGAACUUGGGACCGUCUCAUCUGCGUCCCCCGGACGCCUGUUAUCCGUUGACUACCCGUUUGCGAUCAGCAAACAACCUUCGUCGACUACCACGUCCGCCAUCGAUUACGCGGUCAGAAACGUUUCCGUGGCUCAGUGCCAUCAGUCCGCCGGCAUACCAUCUGUCGAUGAAUACUUUACCGCUAUAAACUUGACUGGAGUGACGAUAUUUACUGUCGGUGCAGUGAUCGUGGUCAUGAUUCUCUACCUGUAUGUGGACACUCUGAGGUAUAUCAUCAAAAAUGCGCCACCCAUGGUUAAAACACACUCUGCAUUCAUACUUAGCGUAUACCCGGUUGUCGCGGUGGCCACUUAUUGCGCAAUAUUGGUGCCAAGAGCCCACCUUUUAGCCGAAGCCAUGACUCAGGGCAUGUUCAUGGCUUCGAUGUAUCAGCUGUUCUGUUUGUUCAUGGCGUAUUGUGGAGGAGAAGCCAAUCUCAUCGCUUCCGUAAAACCACAGUCGUUGGACAUGCAAGUGCCACCAUGUUGCUGUUGGCCGUGUUGCUGUUUUUUGCCUAAAUUCACGCUCACCAAGAAACAUCUGAAGCACUUGAGAAUGUUGGUGCUACAAUUGCCCGUCGUCCAAGGAUUUGUGUACAUGGUGUUGCUUGUCAUGUGGGCUGAAGAAGAGAGUCUGUACCAAGUCAACUACAUGUAUAUGCAACCGUUCAUAGUGUUAUCCAUUAUAUGUGGCAUGUGGGGCAUCUCGAUGACCAUGCGUGUGCUCGGAGAGAUCCUCAAGGAUCACGGCAUCCAAGGGAAAUUCGUGGUGCUUCAACUGGUGCUGGUAUUGGCCAAGUUACAGGGGCUGGCAUUUAGAGGGAUAGUGUGGGCAGGAUGGUUGCCCUGUAAGCCUCCAAUUUCGCCCACUGUUUAUGCGAAUCUGAUAUACAACUCGACCAUGUUAUGGGAAAUGUUGUUGUUGGCUGCGUUGGCCAGGAAGCUUUAUAAGAAACCGUUGCCGGACCAGUGUUUCGUGGAACCUCCGAAGAUCACGUGUUGCGUGGAUUUACCUAGCAACCAGGAAAAUAACAACAUCAUAACCGGCACGUACAACCAGUGUUUCGACAUGAACGCUUAGAAAAAUAUAAGCAUAAAGUCAUUGUCCGAGUUGGUAUAUCAUAAUAUGUGGUAACGGUCGUGGCCGAAUCUUUAUUGGAUUUUGACUUUGACGACGAAAUCCAAGAUGAUGUACCUACUCCACGAGUACCCAAAUUAUUAAAUAACAAUAUAUUAUAAUAUGCAUAGGCGGGCCAAGUGCGCAGACUUCAAUCACGGCAGGAUAUGCGGCUGCCAAAACGUAUUCCCUGAAAAUAUAAAUGACCCUAAAUAGUGAAAUGCUCUUAUAGAUAUCUAUAUAUCGACAUAUGGUUGUAUUAAAAAUAUUUAUUGUUUAUUAUAGUAUUUAAAAUUACAGCUACCUACUUGUACAUAAUAUAUACGCUUCUUAUUAGAAAAUAACAAUAAGUUUUUCAACGUCUUAUUUCCUUGUUGAAAAAGAAAAGAAAAAGAAAACUUAUCUUAAUAAAGGCGCGCGAAUUAUUCUCGUCAAGUUGUCAGGUAACAUUUUGUAUAUAGGUAAUGGAUAUUGUAAUUAUUAACAAUAAUUUAAGCAGUGAACAUUAAUUGUACUUAUAUCUACCUAUAUUUAUACAUUUUUCUCUAAAAAGGAUUAUGUUUUGGGACUUACCUAAUAUUUGCAUGCCCCCUGAAAAAUAUGAAACUGUCCCUAUAAUGCCUAACAGGACACCUAUUUAUAUGCGCAAACGUCUAAAAAUACUUUGUGCAGUGUACACCAGUCUUGUCCGCACGUCCACGCCUAUUGUCUAUAUUAUUACAAUAGUAUAUGUUAAUAUUAUAUUAUGCAAAGUACAAACUUCUCGACGCAUUACAAAGGCGCCUUCUAUUCGGAAUAUUGAUUUCCUGGUAUAAAUGUAUAAUAGUAUAGGUAUUAGGUAGUAUAUGAACGGAACCGAUUUUUUUCGGAAUUGCCAAAAUGUGAAAAGCACUAACACACAACAUAAUAUUAUUAUACUCUGUAGCCGAUCAAACACAACCUAUACUGUACAUUUUUUUUUUUWAAAUAUAUUUUUACGAAACGUUUUAUGCUAUAAUA